UAAGUCCCAGGAUGCCGGGCGCGGCCGCCCCGGGGAGGACUCGUUUCCCCCUGUGACUGCAGCCCGGGUCGGGUCAGUCCUGCGAUCGCGACUCGCGCGUGCGCUCGUUCUCCUUCUGGCGCUGCAGAGAAACCGGCUGAGCCAUGACUUCCUUGAUCAAGAAGGUGAUCAGCACCAACAAGUCCUCAGCGGCUAUUGGGCCCUACAGUCAAGCAGUGCUGGCCGACAGGACCCUUUACAUUUCUGGACAGGUGGGCAUGGACCCUUCUGGCCAACUGGUGCCCGGAGGCGUGGUGGCAGAGGCUAAACAGGCCCUGACCAACAUAGGCGAGAUCCUGAAAGCCGCGGGCUGUGACUACACCAACGUGGUGAAGACCACCGUCUUGCUGGCCGACAUCAACGACUUCAAUACUGUCAACGAGGUCUACAAGCAGUUUUUCAAGAGCAACUUUCCUGCAAGAGCUGCUUACCAGGUGGCCGCUUUGCCCAGAGGAAGCCGGGUAGAGAUCGAAGCCAUCGCCCUCCUGGGCCCCCUCACCACAGCAUGACUAAGCGGCCCCAGUGUCCUCUAGCCCGAGGCCUCGUGCCGUUUCCAAAUCAACACCUUAAUUUUCACCACUAAUCUCCGAACCAGGAAGAGUGGCCAUCUGCCAUUCUGACGGGAAAUACCACGUGAUUGAAUCGGAGUGAAUGAAGGUUAGGUGAGGAAUCCCGUCACGGAGGCCUCAAAUCACACCCGAGACACUCGCCACAUCGCCACUCGGAUCAAGAAGAGCAAAGGCACAAGCAGGAAAGACGCAUGCCUGCUCCGGAAGUGACAGAGAUGACGCUUAAUCCGAUUAAUUCCUACUCCUCUCACUAAGUGGACUUUUUACACUUGUGUCUGAUUUUGCUUUGAUUUAAACAAAAUCCAGGUAUUCAGGUUUGACUGCAGCAAAAGAGAAAUAAUUGUGCCAACACUUUACAUAGGUCGUAUUUUUCUAAUGGAAAUAAAAUAAGUAUUCAGAUUAAUUCCUCUUCAGCCAAUAAUGUGAACUUUUUUUCAGGUCAAGUAUGAUUUUGCUUGGAUUUAAGUGAAAUUCAGGUAUUCAACUUUGAUUGCAGUAAAGGAGAAAUAAUUGGACCAACAUUUUAUAUAGAUAAUACUUUUCUAAUGGAAAUAAAAUAGAUACCAGAUUUUCCUUGG